AUGACCAAAUAUGCUGAAGGUUAUCCCAGUAAUCGUUAUUAUCAAGGCUGUAAAUAUAUUGAUAAAAUAGAAAAUUUGGCUAUCGAAUUAGUAAAAAAAUUAUUUGGUGCUGAGUAUGCUAAUGUACAACCCCACUCCGGUUCCCAAGCCAAUCAAGCUGUUUAUUUAGCACUUUUGCAGCCAGGCGAUAAAAUAUUAAGUUUAAAUCUCUUAUCUGGCGGGCACUUAACUCACGGAGCCAAAGUUAAUUUUUCGGGAAUUAUCUACUCGACUUAUUAUUAUAAUUUAGACCCUAACACCCAACGAUUAGACUACAAGCAAAUUAGAAAAAUAGCCCAAGAAGUCCGACCUAAAUUAAUCAUUGCUGGUUAUAGUAGUUAUAGUUUACAAAUAGACUUUGCCAAGUUUCGAGAAAUUGCGGAUGAGGUGAGGGCCUAUUUGCUGGCUGAUAUCGCUCACGUUGCUGGUUUAGUAGCGACCGGUUUAUUUCCCAAUCCUGUUCCUUAUGCGGAUGUCAUUGCUUUUACCACUCAUAAAACCUUACGGGGGCCCCGCGGAGCAGUAAUUUUAGCCAAAAAAGAAUUAGGAGAAAAAAUAGAUAAAGCAGUUUUUCCCGGUAAUCAGGGUGGACCAUCCCCUAACAUUAUUGCCGCCAAAGCCCAAUGCUUUUACGAGGCUUUACAACCCAAUUUUAAAAAUUAUCAAAAAAAGGUCUUAGAAAAUGCGAAGACCAUGGCCGAUUAUUUUUGCGAAAAAAGAGUGAAGGUGAUUAGUGGCGGCACCGAAAUUCAUUUAUUAACUAUUGAUACUAAAACAAGUUAUAAUUUAACUGGCAAAGAAGCCGCCAAAAUAUUAGAAAAAGUGGGGAUUAUCUGUAAUAAACAAAUGAUACCUUAUGACUCGGAAAAGCCCUGA